GCCAAAAGCCUGGGUCUGCCUGUCCUUGCACUCAGAGCGGAGCUUGUGAUUGGCUGGCCUACCUCAGCCUAGCAGGCCUUAUCUCCUCCUGGUUAUUAUUUGAUGAGCGAGCCUUCCUCCUCUUGUGGUAUUUCAAAACUUUGCUGGGAGUGUUUGCUGCUGUUAGGGGAUUUUUUUUUCCCCUGAGGUUACAGCCCAAGUACUCAAAGUCUUCAGGCCUUUGGCACUCAGAGGAGAUUCUAAUUCAUCCACAGCCUGAGGCUGUCUUCUCCAGCUUUGCUAAUCAAAGGAUUGGAAAUAAUUCCUCAAACCCCACAGAGGCCAGAACACAGGGCUGGGCAAGGAAUCGCCCUGAACAAAAUCAGAGGGAGAAAAUAGAUGUCGGGUAGUUCAGUAUCUCUCACUGCUGGACCAAGUCAGCUCAGUGAAUUCUAGAAGCCGCAGACCAAAGCACCGGACACACAUCUUUGAAUCUUUCUGGAAACAAUUAUUAAGCAGGAGUAGACACAUGAUUUGGGAGUUACAUUCUGGGGCAUGGAUGAGUCUGCACUGACCCUUGGCACAAUAGAUGUUUCUUAUCUGCCAAAUUCUUCAGAAUACAGUCUCGGUCGAUGUAAACACACAAAUGAGGAAUGGGGUGAUUGUGGUUUUAGACCUACCUUCUUCAGAUCUGCAACGUUGAAAUGGAAAGAAAGCCUCAUGAGCCGAAAAAGACCAUUCGUUGGAAGAUGUUGUUAUUCCUGCACUCCUCAGAGCUGGGAAAAAUUUUUCAACCCUAGCAUCCCAUCUUUGGGUUUGCGGAAUGUUAUUUAUAUCAAUGAGACUCACACCAGACACCGUGGCUGGCUUGCAAGACGUCUUUCUUACAUCCUGUUCAUUCAAGAGCGGGAUGUCCAUAAGGGCAUGUUUGCCACCAAUGUCAAGGAAAAUGUCCUGAACAGCAGCAGAGUACAAGAGGCAAUUGCUGAAGUGGCUGCUGAGUUGAACUCGGAUGGUUCUGCCCAGCAGCAAUCCAAAGCCCUCCAGAAGGUGAAGAAGAAAGCCAAGAAGAUCCUUCAAGAAAUGGUCGCCACUGUGUCGCCAGGCAUGAUCAGGCUGACAGGGUGGGUGCUGCUAAAACUGUUCAACAGCUUCUUCUGGAACAUUCAGAUUCACAAGGGUCAACUUGAGAUGGUUAAAGCUGCAACCGAGACGAAUUUGCCGCUUCUGUUCCUGCCUGUGCACAGGUCCCACAUCGACUACCUGCUGCUCACUUUCAUUCUCUUCUGCCAUAAUAUCAAAGCACCCUACAUCGCUUCGGGCAAUAACCUCAACAUUCCAAUUUUCAGUACCUUGAUCCAUAAACUUGGCGGCUUUUUCAUACGACGGAGGCUAGACGAAACACCAGAUGGACGGAAAGAUAUUCUCUAUAGAGCUUUGCUUCAUGGGCAUAUAGUUGAGCUCCUCCGGCAGCAACAGUUCUUGGAGAUCUUCCUGGAAGGCACACGCUCCCGGAGUGGGAAAACCUCCUGUGCGCGGGCAGGGCUGUUGUCAGUGGUGGUCGAUACUCUUUCUACCAACACCAUCCCUGAUAUCUUGGUGAUACCGGUUGGCAUCUCCUAUGAUCGGAUAAUUGAAGGUCACUAUAAUGGAGAACAACUGGGCAAACCCAAGAAGAAUGAGAGCCUGUGGAGUGUAGCACGCGGCGUUAUUAGGAUGUUACGGAAAAACUAUGGCUAUGUCAGAGUGGACUUUGCACAACCAUUUUCCUUAAAGGAGUAUUUAGAAAGCCAAAGUCAGAAACCUGUGUCUGCUCCACUUUCUUUAGAGCAAGCACUGUUACCAGCGAUACUUCCUUCAAGGCCUAAUGAUGCUGUUGACGAGGGUAUAGACACGUCCAGUAACGAGGCCCGGAAUACAGCCGACGAAUGCUUCCGAAGAAGGCUGAUUGCAAAUCUGGCGGAGCACAUUCUCUUCACUGCUAGCAAGUCCUGUGCCAUUAUGUCCACCCACAUUGUGGCCUGCCUGCUCCUCUAUAGACACAGGCAGGGCAUUCAUCUCUCCACACUGGUGGAAGACUUCUUUGUGAUGAAGGAGGAAGUGCUGGCUCGUGACUUUGACCUGGGUUUCUCAGGAAACUCAGAAGAUGUGGUCAUGCAUGCUAUACAGCUUCUGGGAAACUGUGUCACCAUCACACACACAAGCCGGAACGAUGAGUUUUUUAUUACUCCCAACACAACUGUCCCAUCAGUGUUUGAACUCAACUUCUAUAGCAACGGGGUGCUUCAUGUCUUCAUCAUGGAGGCCAUCAUUGCCUGCAGCCUUUAUGCCAUUCUGAGUAAGAGGGGCUCGGGAGGGGCUGCCAGCGUCCCUGGCAACCUGAUCAGCCAGGAGCAGCUGGUGCGGAAGGCAGCCAGCCUGUGCUACCUGCUCUCCAACGAAGGCACCAUCUCUCUUCCAUGCCAGACUUUUUACCAAGUUUGCCAUGAAGCAGUGGGAAGGUUUAUCCAGUAUGGGAUUCUUACUGUGGCAGAGCAAGAUGACCAGGAAGAUAUCAGUCCUGGUCUUGCAGAGCAGCAGUGGGACAAGAAGCUCCCUCAGCCCUUGAACUGGAGAAGUGGUGAAGAAGAUGAAGACAGCGAUUUCGGUGAGGAGCAGCGAGAUUGCUACCUGAAGGUGAGCCAGUCCAAGGAGCACCAGCAGUUCAUCGCCUUCCUGCAGAGGCUCCUGGGGCCCCUGCUGGAGGCCUACAGCUCUGCCGCCACCUUCAUCCACAACUUCAGCGGUCCUGUCGCAGAGCCUGAGUACCUACAGAAACUGCACAAAUUCCUCAUAACCAGGACAGAAAGGAAUAUCGCCGUGUAUGCCGAGAGUGCCACGUAUUGUCUUGUGAAGAAUGCUGUGAAAAUGUUUAAGGACAUUGGGGUGUUCAAAGAAACCAAGCAAAAGAAAGUAUCUGUUUUAGAACUGAGCAGCACUUUCCUACCUCAGUGCAACCGGCAAAAACUUCUAGAAUAUAUUCUGAGUUUCGUGGUGCUGUAGAUAAUUUGUGGCACCUCUUAUGAGUGAAGGGCUGGAGUUGAGUCCUGCUCAGGCUCCUGCCCAGCCUGAGAGAGGUGGGAGCCGUGGUGGGCGGGCCUGCCCUGCCCUGCCCCGCCCCGCCUCGCCCCGCCCUGAGGGGCCCUGGAAGACAAGUGCCUUCUGCCCUCGUGGACCUGUGCUCUUCCCAGCUCAGACGCCGUGGCCUGCACGCGACCCUCGGGGCCUGCACAUGACACUGGGGGCCUCAGCCUCCCUUUGCAGCUCAUAAUCAGUAGAUUGCUAGAUGAAGUCUCAAUAAAUUAUUUUGGAGUUUAUUAAAGAUUCACCUUUUAAGUACAACUUUUAAGGACUAAUUACCGUGAUGGACACAGAUGGGUAGUUGUCUUGGAGAUCUGACUCUUGUGACAUCAUGCUGUCGGCAAUCCGUUGGUCUCUUUUCCGAUUCAUAAUGAAUGCUUCCUUGAUGAACACGCCCUCCACUUCUUUUUUGUUCUAGUUUCGUCCACGGUAGCUGGGUUGUGCCCCGGGAGCCCCUUUCAUCCCCUUAUUGAAUGAAUGGGCUGAGAUACAACACGCCCAGGUAUUACCCGACAUAGAAAGUGUUUCAGUUGUUGACAAAGAGACAUUAUUAGUUUAGGUGAAGGAGUUGAGAUGUGCUUGGACAGGGAAUUCUGCCUGGGAGAAUUCAAGGUAUCCACUGGUACAGGAUGGUUUUGCCUAUGAUAAAGUGCCAUUGAGUUCAAUGACCAGCAAGUGUUUAGAAGCGACUCCUGUUUUGUAUCUGGACUUUUCCCAGCCCUCAGUUGGAAGGUACCUGCCUCCCACGGGUACAGCUGUGGGUCUGGGCGUACUCCAGCCCAGCAGCGACUGUUCUCAGUGGAUUAGCUCCACUGGACAGACUGGGACUGUGGUCCAGCUGCAGACGACUGACUGAUGCAUGCGCUGCACACAAGGUGUACACUGCAUCCGGGUCUGGGUGCCUGAGCUCACCGAGUUCUGCAGUGCGUGUGCUGAUCCUACUGCGUGGUAACUGGAUGGAGACAUUUAUAGAGUUUUUUAGCUUUGAGGAAAAGAAAAAAAACAAGACAAAAAACCCUCUUAUCUCUUCAGAAAUCUGUGUUAUGUGCCCACCUCCCAGUGCCACAUAGAGGCAAAGUAAUUGAACAUUUGUCUGUUUAUAGUGAGUAGGUACCGUGUGCGUGUGUGUAUAUGUGUGUGUGCACACAUACGCAGGGAGCCUGUUCUUUGUGGUAAUUACAGUGAUUUCUUAACUUCAUGUGAUGUUAGAAAUGUUUCUAAUAGUUUGUUGUCCUGUCUCCACAACAGUGUGAAACCAGAAAACUUUUUUUCUGGUGAAUGUUGCAUAGAUUCUUCGAAUUUAGCAUCAGAGUAUUGCGGAUAGACUUGAUAGUGUCCUGAGCUUGGAUUUGAAACACUGACAGUAUGCCAUGAGAGCUAGGCACGUGUCGGGAGAGGGUGGUUGCUGUUUCUCACCAUCAGAGGUGCCAUGUGGGAGGCUCAGUAGCCCAGGUCUGCUGCCAUCCCCUUUGCUUCUCUGAUUGGGCGUAUGAAAUGUGUGUUUUUUUAACUGUUGUUGGCGCUCUGGUCUCAGUCACCACUCUCAAGAGGCAGUGGCUCUGGUGUGGAAUGACAAGUCACCUCCAAACCUUCCUUUUCACUAACUCGGCUGGAGCACCUGGGGCCAAGGCCCUGCUCCUGGGGCACACCCUUGCCUGCACUCCUUGUCUGGGCAGCUGCGCACUUUGCUGGGCUCUUCUUUCCUACACUCCAAGUUGUAAAUGAAGAAUCUCUCUGUUGAUUGGCUGAGAAUUCAAGGCUGAGGCUGACUUCCCACCGGGUCUGGCUGCUCUGCCUGCCACUCCUGCAAACCGCUGCUGUCUUGCCAGCCCCAGCAGAGCCACUGUGGUUUCUCUUGCUUUGUUUUCCCUUUUGAUUCCACUGUGUGUGAGAAGUUCAAUCAGAUGCUUUGGGGAAUGCACUCUGCUAGCUCUUUUGCCACUUGACUCACUGUGAGGAUCAAUAUGCAUGCUUUUUGUAAUUAACUGGUGCUUUGAAAACCCUUUUUAAGGAAAAAAUAAAUCUCAACCAAAGUUGUGUUCAUCUAGACAAGCGGAUCCUUGAGUUAAUUUUUGCACAACUCAUCCUUCAGUGCCUCAUUACUGAAUACUAAGUCAUCACAGUAAAGCUUCUAGAUAGCACUGUUUUGCUAAUAGAUACAUCCUCACUGUUUUUUAACCACAGGUGGCUUCCUUGUAAGGUUAACCCAACUAGGUGCUUGUAAAUACUUUAUUACAGUUUACUCUACUGCAUUUCUGCAAAAGGGAAAUGCAUGUCAUUCAGGGGAAGACUGUGAGCAAAGUUAAAAACAAUAAAAAAAACUGAAAACCUAGUAAUAAGCAAUAUGAAAUCUCACUCUGCUUUUCCAAGUGAGAAUGUCCUCAGUAAUUCAGAAAGGGAGAAGGUGUUUUUACUCUUGAAAUUUUAAGAAAAACCAAGUUAAAAACAAACAAGAAAAGAGAGAGCACAAUGUCCUUUUUGUAAAGGUGUCAAGUUGAGGAGUGGGAGGAAAAUCUUCCAGAUGGUCAUGAGUAGCCACUCAGGGUGGGGCUUCCUGUACCUAGGAGGGAAGGCAUUUCCCACAAUGCACCCAGGAGGGGAAGGCAUUUCCCACAAUGCACCCAGGAGGUUCCGGAAGGCAUUUCCUGACUUGCACCAAGUUUGGAGAGAGCUCUGCUAAGAAACUCUUGGGAGCAGACAGUCCACCUCAGUGCAGCCAGGGACAGUGAAAAGCCUGCUUAACCGAGUGUUUCCCAAACCAUUCUGACCUCAGGGACUUUUCCGUCUGCGGGACACCUCUGACCCUCCCUUCUCACUUAGUAACUCAUGGACAACAUUUUGGGAAAUUCUUCCUUAGGUGGUUCUUUACAUAGUCAAAACAGUAAUGAGUAGAAGGCACUGGGUGGAAUUCGUGCAUGUGUCCCAGCCAACGGCCCACUGGCUGGACCCCGUGGCGGAAAGAGGCACUGAGGGUUGCGGUACGGGUGUGCAGGUGGCAGGAGUCCUUUCCUUUGAUGGCAAGGCUGGCUACCAAUCACCUUGGCUGUUAAAAAAAGAAAAAUUACCCAAAGCAGAAUUAAUUGGAGAUACAUAAUGGAGAUUUUAAUUCUUAUCUGAAAGAAAACAUUGCACAAUUGAAUGCAGAUUUUUAUCCAUUGAUAGCACUAGAGUUUUGAAAUGAUAGGAUCUGUCCUUGAAAUUUGUAAGACUUACUAUGGGAUGUCAACCUGUUUUUUUUUUUUUUAAGGCACUCUUUUUAGGCAUUUGAGAAUUGCCAUCUGGCAUUUCAGUUUAAUACAGACUAAUGAUCACUUCAACAGAGACUCGACCUUAUUUCUAAACGGCAAAAGGGCUAAAUGUCUUCAUGGGAGGUGUUGAAGUAUUUGCCUGUUGUAUAGAGAAAUGUUAGAUUGUUGUAAAAAGGAUUACUAUAAGGUAUUGUAAAAUAACACUAUGUGAUUUUGUGAAUGAAAUUUUCUUGGAAAUGUUGAUUUUUAUGCCUGAUAAUGUAUUGUGAGAAGUACAGAGAUGUAGUUUUGUUUUAAUAAACCAAAAAAAAAAAAAAAGAAACUA